AUGGUAAAUUAUUUUGCAAAUAGAAAGAGACCGAUAAUCAUAACGGUGAUUAUAAUUGUACUUAUUAUUGUCGGUACGAAGAUAUCAACAUCAAAGAAUAGUGGAAAAAAUUUCCAAGAAGUAUUACAAAAUAUUCCCAAUGACAAUAUAUUAGGGUUAUCAAAACUAAUUUAUAAUGAAAAUGAAAAAAAUCAGGAUGAAUUAUUCAAUAGAUUAGAAAAAAUGAAUAGAAAAAUGUUACAGAAUCAAGAACAGUUGUUAUUAAAACUAGCAAAGCAAAAUGAACAACUUUUACAAGAAAUUAAAUCAUUAAAGAAACCACCAGUUCAAGCAUCUAUUAGAGAAAAAUUGGUGUACAUCUAUCCUUAUGAUCCAGAUGUGAAAUUUCCAGCUUAUAUUUGGCAGUCAUGGAAACAUGGCUUAAAUGACGAAAGAUUCGAGGAAAAUUAUAGAGAAGGUGAAAGACAAUGGGCUUGGAAAAAUCCAGGAUUUGUACAUGAAUUAUUUAAUGAUGAUACUGCCCACACAAUGAUAAAAUAUUUGUUUCGUGAAAUACCAGAAGUUAUCGAAACUUAUGAAGCCUUACCUGAAGUAAUUUUAAAAAUGGACUUUUUCAGAUAUUGUAUUCUUUUCGCAAAAGGUGGUGUUUAUGCUGAUAUAGACACACUUCCAAUUCAACCUAUUCCUAAUUGGAUUCCUGAAAAUGUUAGUCCUGAGGAAUUAGGUAUGAUCAUUGCCAUUGAAAUUGAUUCAUCAUCCCCUGAUUGGAGAACUGAUUCAGUAAGAAGAUUACAAUUCGGACAAUUCGUCAUUCAAGCUAAACCAGGACAUCCAGUUCUCAGAGAAAUGAUUGCAAAUAUUAUAGAAUCAACCCAUCAUAAACAAUUAUUAUUAAAUGACAACGAGCAUUUGAAAUUACAAGGAUCUUCAAACAAAAAGAUUUUGGAGAUUUCAGCAUGGACUGGUAGUGCAGCUUGGACAGAUACCGUUCUCAGAUAUUUUAAUGAUUAUUUACAAAGUUCAAUUUAUCAGAAAAUGACUUGGAAAGAUUUCCAUCAAUUAAAGAUUCCAAAAUUAGUAAGUGAUAUUUUAGUAUUACCAAUAAAUUCAUUUGCCUCUGAAGCAGAAAUUUCAAAUGAUGGUAAAACUGAUGAUCCAUUAGCAUUUGUCAAGCAUUAUGCUGCCAAGAUUUGGAAAACUACUUGA